AUGAGGAAAUGGCACAGGCAGGAGGCGGAAGCGUCCGCGAAGCGCCAGCGCGCGGGGGAAACAGCAGCAGAAGGUACGGCCAUCUCAGGACCGAAGAGAAACAGAGUCGGGGAAGCGGCGGUGGGGGGGAAGAAACGGCGACCGGGCACUGCUGCAGAAGCGAGUAGGGUAGCCGAGGCAGCACUUGUGGCGAACUACGUACCCGGCUGAUGUUGUUGCGCCCUGUUUCCCUCCCUGCUGUGUGCUACACUCCUUUGCAGUCGUCCCCGCUUUAAAGACACUCUUCUUAAGGAAACUCCCCGCUAUAAAGACACAUUUUUUCCCCAGAACAUGGUUCCCCCAUAGAUGUACAAUAAUAUAGGGGGGUAGUGUUUCCACCAUGCGGUCCCCCCCAAAAAAUUUGCUGGGGCAGCAAAACUGUAAGGCAUUGUAACAUCGACAGCGGUCUGCUGCAGCCCGCACUACUGCGUGUGGGUAUGGAGAGAUUCCUCCCAUCUGCUGGCGGGUCGUCAGCUGCCGGCUUGAGGCCAUGUGGCGAACCCACGUGCCAGCAAAAGUCUCAACUCGUGUCAUUGU